AGGCAGGGCGCGGGCAGCCCGGCGCGGGGUCCUGGAGCGGGCGCGGCGCAGGGUGCGGGCUCCUAGGCGGCUGCGGCCCGGGCUGCGGCGAUGCUGUGGCCGCGGCUGGCGGCGGCCGAGUGGGCGGCGCUGGCUUGGGAGCUGCUGGGCGCCUCGGUGCUGCUGAUCGCUGUGCGGUGGCUGGUGCGGCGGCUGGGCCCGCGGCCUGGGGGUCUGGGCCGCAGUGGGACCCCAGGCCCUCCGCCGCCCGCGGCCGCCGCCCCCGCCCCAGGUGAAAUGACAAUGGAUGCUGUGUUGGCUCGAUUGAAACUUCUGAAUCCAGAUGACCUUAGAGAAGAAAUCGUCAAAGCUGGAUUGAAAUGUGGACCCAUUACGUCAACUACAAGGUUCAUUUUUGAGAAAAAAUUGGCUCAGGCUUUACUGGAGCAAGGAGGAAGGCUGCCUUCUUUCGACCACCAUGAGGCAGGUGCCACAGCUCCCAGCCAAGACACACAAAGGAUUUUGAAGUCAGCUGAAGGGAACCCAACUGAUGAGGCUGGUUUUUCUGAAGACAGAGAUUUUGGUUACAGUGUGGGCCUGAAUCCUCCAGAAGAGGAAGCUGUGACAUCUCAGACCUGCUCGGUGCCCCCCAGUGCUGUUGACACCUACGGAACUGGAGUGACUGCGUCUAAGGAACCGCCCUUGUACUACGGGGUGUGUCCAGUAUAUGAGGACAUCCCAGCGAGAAAUGAAAGGAUCCAUGUUUAUGAAAAUAAAAAAGAAGCAUUGCAAGCUGUCAAGAUGAUCAAAGGGUCCCGAUUUAAAGCUUUUUCUACCAGAGAAGACGCUGAGAAAUUUGCCAGAGGAAUUUGUGAUUAUUUCCCUUCUCCAAGCAGAACGUCCUUACCACUUUCUCCUGUGAAAACAGCGCCGCUCUUUAGCAAUGACGGGGUGAAAGAUGGUUUGUGCUUGUCUGAAUCAGAAACAGUCAACAAAGAGCGAGCGAACAGCUAUAAAAAUCCCCGCACGCAGGACCUCACCGCCAAGCUUCGGAAAGCUGUGGAGAAGGGAGAGGAAGACACCUUUUCUGACCUCAUCUGGAGCAACCCCCGUUAUCUGAUUGGCUCAGGGGACAACCCAACUAUCGUGCAGGAAGGGUGCAGGUACAACGUGAUGCAUGUUGCUGCCAAAGAGAACCAGGCUUCCAUCUGCCGGCUGACUCUGGACGUCCUGGAGAACCCCGACUUCAUGAGGCUGAUGUACCCCGAUGACGACGAGGCCAUGCUGCAGAAGCGCAUCCGCUACGUGGUUGACCUGUAUCUGAACACCCCCGACAAGAUGGGCUAUGACACACCGUUGCAUUUUGCUUGUAAGUUUGGAAGUGCAGAUGUAGUCAACGUGCUUUCGUCACACCAUUUGAUUGUAAAAAACCCAAGGAAUAAAUAUGAUAAAACACCUGAAGAUGUGAUUUGUGAAAGAAGCAAAAAUAAAUCUGUGGAACUGAAGGAGCGGAUCAGAGAGUAUUUAAAGGGUCACUACUACGUGCCUCUCCUGAGAGCAGAAGACACUUCUUCUCCAGUCAUUGGGGAGCUGUGGUCCCCAGACCAGACGGCUGAGGCCUCUCACGUCAGCCGCCAUGGAGGCAGCCCCCGAGACCCAGUGCUGACCCUGAGAGCCUUCGCGGGGCCCCUGAGUCCAGCCAAGGCAGAAGAUUUUCGCAAACUCUGGAAAACUCCACCUCGAGAGAAAGCAGGCUUCCUUCACCACGUCAAGAAAUCAGACCCAGAAAGAGGCUUUGAGAGAGUGGGAAGAGAGCUAGCUCAUGAGCUGGGGUAUCCCUGGGUUGAAUACUGGGAAUUUCUGGGCUGUUUUGUUGAUCUGUCUUCCCAGGAAGGCCUGCAAAGACUAGAAGAAUAUCUCACACAGCAGGAAAUAGGCAAAAAGGCUCAACAAGAAACAGGAGAAAGGGAAGCCUCCUGCCGAGAUAAAGCCACCAUGUCUGGCAGCAACUCCAUUUCUGUGAGGGCGUUUCUAGAUGAAGAUGACAUGAGCUUGGAAGAAAUAAAAAAUCGGCAAAAUGCAGCUCGAAAUAACAGCCCGCCCACAGUUGGUGCUUUUGGAUAUGCGAGGUGCAGCAUCUUCCCCUUGGAGCAGGAGGCAGACCUCAUAGAAGCCGCCGAGCCAGGCGGUCCACACAGCAGCAGAAAUGGGCUCUGCCAUCCUCUGAGUCACAGCAGGACCCUGGUGGGCAAGAGACCAAAGGCGCCCCGUGGGGAGGAAGCCCAUCUGCCACCUGUCUCGGAUUUGACUGUUGAGUUUGAUAAACUGAAUUUGCAAAAUGUAGGAAGUAGCGUUUCUAAGACACCAGAUGAAAAUACGAAAACUAAAGAUAAGAUCCUGACUUCAAGAAUCGAUGCCGUAGAAAGAGACUUGUUAGAGCCGCCUCCUCCCGCAGACCAACUGGGGACCGGCCGCAGGAGGACGGAAAGCGAAAUGUCAGCCAGGAUCGCUAAAAUGUCCUUGAGUCCCAGCAGCCCCGGGCACGAGGGUCAGCUGGAGGUCACGAGGGAACCGGCCAGGCGGCUUUUCCUUUUUGGAGAGGAGCCGUCAAAACUCGAUCAGGAUGUUUUGGCUGCUCUUGAGUGUGCAGAUGUCGACCCCCAUCAGUUCCCAGCCGUGCACAGAUGGAAGACUGCUGUCCUGUGCUACUCACCCUCGGACAGACAGAGUUGGCCCAGUCCCGCGGUGAAAGGAAAGUUCAAGUCUCGGCUGCCAGAUCUCAGUGGCCCUCACAGCUACAGUCCGGGGAGAAACAGUGCAGCUGGGAGCAACCCCGGAAAGCCGGGCCCGGGCAGUCCUGGGCGCUACAGCCCCGCGCACGGGAACCAGCUCCGCAGGAUGGCGCGCCUGGCUGAGCUUGCCGCCCUGUAGGCUUAGCACUGGGCUCUCCGUUGGUUCUUCAGUUUUAAAGAAGGAAAGAUCAUAUGUUUGUUGCUAAACUGUCACAAAGGAAUAUAUUCUGAUUAAAUUAUUAUUAAUCCUCACUUUGAGGGUGUGAGAAUUUUAGAAGAUUUAAAUGUUUUAUAUAAAACUUAGAUUUCUGAUAUUUUGGAAGUUAGAAGUUAAUGAAAGCAAACUCAGAUACCAAUUUUCUGGAAAAUGUCCAUGUGGUAGUGGUGGACUUUUUAGGUGGCAAUUUCUAGGUCUGAAAUGUAGCAGAGGAAAGGGUGCUGAGGCAGUUGCAGGCAGGCAGCCAGGUACUCACCACAGCAUCCAACAAACGCUGUGGACAAGGAAGGACUUGGCGGAGGCGUGAGCAGUGAUGUCCCCGCGCUGCCUGCGCUCACCAAGAUGAAUUGUUUGCCGCCUUGUCUUUUCCUGGGCUGGGGCAGGGGGUGGCAUGAUGCUGGCAGAGUCCCUGUUAGUUCGCUCGUGGGUCUCAUGGUUCAGACAGAGUGAGGUGGACGGCUGGGAUCAGGGAGCCCGGAGUGCGCCUCAGACUCGCAGCAACUGUUGUAAUUUGGGUUGUUCGGAAUAUUUAAGUUACUGAUCGGAAGAUAAAAGUAGCUUUUCUCUGUGGGAAGUCUUGCAGCCCGUAGGAGCGGUGUCAGGAGCCACGCAGAGCUCAGCAGCAGUGGAGCCCAGGUGUUCCCUGUUUCCUCAGCAUGCGAGCCUUCACUGCCUGCUUUGUUCAGGUGCCAGUGUAGCAGUAAUACAAGCUGUAAUUGUUCUGUUUUGAAGUUUAUUCUGAGGCUUUUUUGAGCAUAAAUGAUUAUACGAUAAAGUUACCCUUUAUUUUGGAACUCAUUUCAGUGGGGAUCUCCUUUAUAAAGAGUGUUGCGUUCAGAGGUUUAAGUCCCAUUUGGGUUCCUUGCCGUGUUGAUUGUAGCCUUCACCUUGGCUUGAAUGAAGGUCUGUGGUCAGAAUGUGUGAGGAGCUGCCUAGGUGCUCAGGAGGUACUAACUGGAGGUCGGUUUCUUCCUGGGUGUUACGGGCACCUGCUCACACAGUUGUUACUCUGUGAACAUUUCCAGUGUUUCAUCCAAAAUGAAAACCCACCAAUGCUUUUGCUAACUUCAGUGCCUUUUAUAAAAAUCAUUUUUAAAUUUCCUGAACUUGCUUUUUGAGAAUAUAGUGAUAGUAAGUAGAUACAAGAUUGUUUUUGUUUGUAAAAAUUCUGAAUUGAAACUUUGUUUAAAAAAAAAAAGGCUUAUUUCUUUCAUAUGAUGAUAUCGGUGAGGAAUAUUGGAAUCAAGAUUUAAAUGUUAAAAUCUGAUUUUGUUACACAGGGUGUCUUCGUUUGUUUUGUAGCAGACAAGACCUAGACACCAGACAGACAACACGUGCUCUUCUAAGCAGCAGCAUUUUAAAAGGCAUCUUGGUUCUCAAAAGAAAUCAGAAUAUGGAUAUUCAUAGUGAUGAUCUGUUUUCUCUAAAAUCUUACCGUAUUGUCUGUAUAUGGUUGUAAAUUCAAAUAGAAAGUAAAAGAUUUUGGCCCUGA